CAUGUAUCAAUGAAUUUCAGCCCUUCAAUUGAUAAAAAUGGCUGCAGACCUUUUUACAAAAUAUAAUUGCACAAAUUGUCAAGAUGAUAUAAGUGGAAUUCGAGUUCAUUGUGCAGUUUGCAAUAAUUUUGAUAUAUGUUUGCAGUGUUUUGCUGCCGGUGCUGAAAUUGGUGACCACAGGAAUGAUCAUGCUUACCAGUUUAUGGAUACUGGAACAUCUAUUUUAUCAAUAUUUCGAGGAAAAACUGCUUGGUCAGCAAGGGAAGAGCUACGUUUAUUGGAUGCGAUAGAGCAAUACGGUUUUGGUAAUUGGGAAGAUAUUAGUAAACACAUUGAAACUAGGAGUGCGGAAGAUGCCAAAGAGGAAUAUGUAAACAAAUAUUUAUUAGGUACAAUAGGAAAACAUACAUGGAUACCUGCGCAAACACAACGUCCUAAAUUAAUUGAUCACACAGCUGAGGAAGAUACUGGUCCAUUAGGAAAUGAUAUUUUAAGACGACUACCUCCUCUAGAUGUAACAUUAGAAGAAGCGAUACAAUUGGGAUACAUGCCGAAUAGAGAUGGCUUCGAAAGGGAGUAUGAUCCUACCGCUGAAACCAUAGUAUCUUCUUUAACACUAAGUUCAGAGGAUGUUGAAACGGAUCUCUUAUUAAAAUUAGCACAAGUUGAUAUUUAUACAAGACGUUUAAGAGAACGGGCACGUAGAAAACGAAUAGUUCGAGAUUAUCAGUUAGUAGCAAAUUAUUUUCGAGGCAAGAGCAUUCUGCAAACCCCAGCAAGAAUGACAAAAGAUCAAAGAGAUUUUCGUGAUAGAUUUAGAGUUUUUGCACAAUUUUAUACUUCACUUGAAUAUGAACGCUUAAUUAAUUCAAUAGAAAGAGAAAAAGAUUUAAGACUAAGAUUAUCAGAACUAAGUCGCUAUCGAUGGAACGGUUUAACUAAAAUUGACGAAUGCGUACAUUUUGAACAACAUGCAGCAGCUUCACAAAAUCGUAAUACAGGACCAUACGGACACGGAAGGACGGACAGUCAACCAAUUGGAAACAGGCACAGAUCGUUUUUGCCCUCGCAGCAAAUAAAAACAACCGAAAACGGAAGCGAAGUAAAAAGCUUAAAUUUCAUAGAGCAAAAACACACGCCCCACAUCGCAGACCAGCAUUACUCAGACGGAUUAUUGCACAACAAAAGUUACUUGGAUAGCUAUCGGGGAUUGUCGGGUCAAUCGAUUAUGAAUCAGCUGCCGACGACACCGACACAAAUGCAGCAACAAUAUCAACAACAACCGGUAGUAAACACCAGCAACCAAGUACUUCAACAGGUACAACUUCAGCAUCAAAACGGAAAUGCAACAGGAAGCCAAAUACAACAAAACAACAACAAUCUCAACAAUGUCAAAUUAAACGAUCAAUCCGCAAUAAGCCAACGUCCACUCAAACCUCAAAUGAGUACAAUACUACAAAAUCAAAUUCAGCCGCAAAUACUUCAACAUCUUAGUGCAAAUUUAUUAUCGUCUAAUGAAUUACAAUUAUGCUCAACGUUAAAUUUACAACCGACACGUUAUAUUUCAUUAAAAACAAUUUUAUUAAGUGGUGUUCCAGCUAGUUCAAAUUUAUCUCCAAUUGAAAAUUCGAUUAGAAAAUAUUUGAUAAAAGCUGGUUGGUUAAGUCACUAAUUUAAAAUUUAAAAAUUUAGUUUUAAAAAUUUUAAAUUUACAAAAAAAAAUUAAAAUCACCUAUUAAAUUAUUUGAUUUAUUUAAAAUCAAAAAUGUAUUAUUGAAAAUUUGAAAAACUAGAUUCAAUAUUUUUUUUUAUAAUUAUUCUUUAAUUUUUAAAAUUAAGAAAUAAUUUUAAAAUUAAUAUUAAAUUAAAAGCAAUAAGCAGUAUUGGUAUUAUAUACAAUUUAUUUUUUUCGCUUAUAAUUUAAUAAUAUUGAAUUUGUUAAAUUGUUCUUUUUUUUUCAAAAAUAACUCAAAAGAAAUAAUUAUUAAAACAUUUUUCAUGAAAUGACUUCAUGUAAUUAUUUUUCAAUUUGAUCAAGUUUUGUAAAUUUAAAAGAAAUAACAAGUUAUGAUCUUUUGUCA